CAAUUGAACUCUGAUCGUCAAUCGCAAAGAUUUACAUAAUGUUUUGGGGGCGUAGUUCCAUUUUAAUCUAAGCGUCAGCAACAAUUAUCUCUAAAAAAACACACACAUCAUAACGGUGGGUGUGUUUCUUAUAAAUCGCGAACCGUCCGUCUGUUAUUGCAUCAGAAGUGGUGCGCGGCUGGAAUCGGCCAAUAGAAAGGUUCGAUUUAUCGCGGUCGGAGCGGAGCGGGGUGAUACUUUAAUGACGUUGAAAAUAAUAAAUACGGCAGCGAUUUUAACUUGAAUACUAUUGUACCGUUAUAUGACGUUAAAAUAAGGUUAACUGCAGAAAUGGCACCGACAACGACGACGAGAACAGGGGAAAUCGAAGCGAUUUUUUUCGAUUUGGACAAUACGUUGAUUGAAACGAGGAAAGGCGAUAAACUUGCUUGUAAUAAGCUGACGGAAAUUCUACGAGAAAAAUAUUCAAUACCAAAUGAAAUAUCAACAAAAAUUUGCUCUAAUUACUUAAGAGCAUUUCGAAAAUGUCCCGAAAACCCUUCCAUGGAUCUCGAUGUUUGGAGAAAAUUACUUUGGGCGCAAGCUUUAGGAACUGAUUAUAACAAUUUAGCAGAUGAAAUUUAUUUAACUUGGAUUCAAUUGCGUUAUCGUUAUCUUGCCUUAUCAACGGAAACAUUAAAAUUGUUAGAAAAUUUAAGGAAAAACAACUACCUCUUGGGAUUGAUAACAAACGGACCAUCUUGCGCUCAAUGGGAAAAAAUACAACGUUUGGACUUACGAUCGCUGUUCGAUAUUAUAUUAGUUUCGGGAGAUUUGCCAUGGGAGAAACCUAAUCAACGCAUUUUUUAUGAAGCUUGCGAUUAUUUAAAAGUAAAACCAAGUAAAUGUUUGAUGGUUGGCGAUAAAAUGGAAACCGAUAUUUUGGGUGGUAUUCAAGCGAAUUUGGGUGGAACCGUUUGGAUACCUUUAACGCAGGAUAUUAUUAAUGAAGAGGAAGAAAAAAAUAAUUUUCGAUUCCGUCCCGAUUACGUUAUCGAUAAUGUUAAUGAAUUAAUUGAUUUAUUACUUCCAGUUUCCGAGAAUAACGAUAGGAAAAGGAAUUUUGUAAGAAUGGAUAUUUUUGAUGGUAAUAGUAACGGAAGUGAUUGUUGUAGUUGAGUUCACUUUUCAAUUUAUUAUUUAACAAACAUUUUUAGUUGAUCAACUAACCAAUUAAUGACAUGACAAAAUUGUAAAUCUCAGUAGAGGCUUACAAAUUAUUAUUAAUUGAGCAACUAUUAGUGUUAGUUAUUUUGAUUAGUUUUUCUUGUUGUUAGAUCUUGUUAGGUUUUUAUUAUUAUUACUUUUUUAAGUCCUUGGUAGAUUUAGAAAAAAAUUGUUUCUACAUGAAAAAUGAAGUAAAUUUUUUUUGUUGAUAAGCCUAAACAAAAAGGAAAAUAUCUCUGUGAAAAUGGAAGAAGAGACAAUAUGUGAUAAGAAAAACUGUGCUAUAUCAUUAGUUACAACGAUGUAACUAACAUGAAAAAAAGUAUAUUUUUAGACUUUUUGAAUAAUUAUAAGGUACAGAAACUAUUUAAGUUAUUAGGACGAUGCUGAUUAUAUUAUUAGGUUUGUCCCAACAUGCUACAAAACUGUUCAUAAACUAUUCUAAAAUUUAAUUAAUAAAUUUACUUAAUAUGUAAACAAAAAAGAAAUACAAUUCAUAAAGUUGUUUAUCAUAACAAGUAAUGUUGUGCACGCGUAUUUCUCAACCAUUUCAUUAAAUCACUUUUUACCAAGCAAAUUAUAACAUAACAGGCCACCUUAUACACAAACAAAUUUAUUUGAAUCAAACUUCUCUCAAUUUUUGGUAAUAAUACAUAUCUAAGAAUGAUAAAUAAAUUUGAAUUUUAAUUGAAAAUAAUAUGAUAAACGUUAAAUAUGUUAAUAACAAAGACUACAAAGUCUAAAUUUCAAUUCUGAUUCUGGAUUAAUUAUAGAAAUGAGAUGACAGACAUGUCACUGUAUGAGUAAUUAGAAAUUAGUGUCAUAUAAUUGUCUUGAUAUAGAUAUCAAGCAUAAUCGCCCCACAAGAUUUCUGAUUACUCACCAAUUCAUAUUUCUAGAAUCUUUGAACGAUUUUCUGGCAUGUUAGAAAAAACCUAUUAAUGCACAGUACGAGCUGAUUUUUUAGAUGAUUUUGAAAAAGAACUUUAAUAUAAUCAUGUUUUCUAAAAUCAUCUAAAGUUUCAUUUAUAAAAUUGUUAGAUGCUUUUUUCAAAAUAACCGCACAACUUCAAAUUGGGAACAUACAAUUUCAACUUAGACAAAAAUCAAAUACACAAUUUAUAUAAUAUGUUAAUUAUAUAUGUUAUAUUCUUUAAGCCCACUUUUACUAUUCUCCUGAUAAACUAUCUAAGGGAUAGUUAUCAUGGUUACAGCGGUUUUAAGCGCUUGUAAUACAUGAUAACAAAAUCAAACAUACAUGUAAUAACAUGUAUGUUUGCUGCUCUAUACUUUGUACCACGUAGUUUUUUUACUGUUUUUUCAAUAAGCAGUGGUCGUUUUCACUAAUGUGUUUGAUAGCGUUCUCCAAUCUUCGUUACUAUUUUCGUUUUGGCCUAACUUUCUAUCUGUUCAAAUCUCUUCUCUGUUAGUUUUCAUUUAGUUAGCACUCUCGCAACUCUGCCAUGCUCCAUCCUGUGUAGAUGCCCCAGCUAUUGCAGGCACUGUACCUUUAUUAUAAAACAAACUAUAUCCUUGUCCCUCAUGCUAUCCAGCUCGUGGUUCAUCCUGAUUCUCCAGCUACCAACUUCCUCUUGUAUAGGACCGAAAAUCUUACGGAGUAUCUUUCGCUCAAACACUCUCAACGUGGUUUCGUUUCAGCUGCGUAGGUUAUAUUCAAAACCCGGUCUUUCUGUUGAGGAUUUUUGAGCAUUUGAGACUUUUAUUGGCGUAGCAGUGAUCGCCACUUUUUCCGCGACUCGACCUCUGCCGUUUCAGUGUCCCUUGGUAGGUGAAUCGUGUCAUCCCCUCGAAUCUAAAGUUGACGAUAAGUAUUGUUGUUCCCUUGCUCUAUCUCCUGCGCUAAUUGUCAUGUACCUCGUUUUAUUAUAGUUUAUUCCUGGCCCUAGUCCCAUUGGCUGUUGGUUCCAUUCUGCUCUGAAGAAAACUUUCGCAUCCUUCAGAGCGCCUUCAUUUCUGCUUAUGCAUAUCUCCAGGUAUGCAGAUCAGAAGAAGGACAGACAUUGGACCAGGUUUAAGAGGAUAGACGAGAUCCGCCUCUGUUUGUCUAAAAAUAUUCGGCGUGGGCAUCGUUAUUAUUGUGCAAUGCACAAAUUUGCAAUUUUUAAUAUUUCACAGCUAUCUCAAAUUGAAAUAGUUUAUUCUUAUUUUGAAACUGUUUAUUCCCAAUUUGAAGUUGAAAAGAUCUAGAUUUUAUUGUAAUUUAGUUUAGAUUUAUUAAACUAUUCGAGAUUUUUUUGAUUUUUACUGGACUU